GAGGGGGGGUGGGGGGCAACCUCAGGCAGGUGGGGCGCGAAAGCGAUGAAUGUUCGGCUCUUCCUCCUCCUCCCCUUGGACCCGCUCUCCGCCUCCCGCUCCAACGCCCGGAUGAUCUGAGUCUCGAGGGCUCCGAGAGCCGGGGGCCCGGACUCAGCCCGGCUCCUCCCCUCGGCCCCCUCCCCGGCCUGCCCUGGCCAGCUGCCGCCGCGGUGACCCCCUUCCCGCCCCCUGGCCGGCCGCCGUCGCCGCCUUCGCCUCGGUGGACCUAGGACCUGCCCGCCGGCGGCUGCUCCGGACCUAGAGGAUCAAGACAUAAUGGGAGCAUUUUUAGACAAGCCAAAGAUGGAAAAACAUAAUGCGCAGGGGCAGGGUAAUGGGUUGCGCUAUGGGCUAAGCAGCAUGCAAGGUUGGCGAGUUGAAAUGGAGGAUGCACAUACAGCUGUGAUUGGUUUGCCAAGUGGACUUGAAACUUGGUCAUUUUUUGCUGUGUAUGAUGGGCAUGCUGGUUCUCAGGUUGCCAAAUACUGCUGUGAGCAUUUGUUAGACCACAUCACCAAUAACCAGGAUUUUAAAGGGUCUGCAGGAGCACCUUCUGUGGAAAACGUAAAGAAUGGAAUCAGAACAGGCUUUCUGGAGAUUGAUGAACACAUGAGAGUUAUGUCAGAGAAGAAACAUGGUGCAGAUAGAAGUGGGUCAACAGCUGUGGGUGUCUUAAUUUCUCCUCAACAUACUUACUUCAUUAACUGUGGAGACUCAAGAGGUUUACUUUGUAGGAACAGGAAAGUUCACUUCUUCACACAAGAUCACAAACCAAGUAAUCCGCUGGAAAAAGAACGAAUUCAGAAUGCAGGUGGUUCUGUAAUGAUUCAGCGUGUGAAUGGUUCUCUGGCUGUAUCGAGAGCCCUUGGGGACUUUGAUUACAAAUGUGUCCAUGGGAAGGGUCCUACAGAGCAGCUUGUCUCACCAGAGCCUGAAGUCCAUGAUAUUGAAAGAUCUGAAGAAGAUGAUCAGUUCAUUAUCCUUGCAUGCGAUGGUAUUUGGGAUGUUAUGGGAAAUGAAGAGCUCUGUGAUUUUGUAAGAUCCAGACUUGAAGUCACUGAUGACCUUGAGAAAGUUUGCAAUGAAGUAGUCGACACCUGUUUGUAUAAGGUAGCUAGACAUUUUUUUAAGAUGAAAUGAUUUUAUGUUAUCAUAAUUCCUAUAGUAAUUAAUCAUCUUAGAACAUUCAUUCUCAGAAAUAAGUUUUUGCAUAAUUGCAGGAUACUCUUUACCAGUUAUGAAAAUAUAAGAACAUCUUUUAGAAAUACCCAAUUUGCAUUACCCAAACAUGCAGGAGUUAUAAUCAAAAUGUUUAGUUUUUUUAUUAACCAUGAUUAUGUGAGCCUUUAACAUUGCAGAAAAUUAUCAAAGGUAAAGAUAUUAUAUCAGAAUGCUUGCUUUAGAAGAAAAAGGAUGGGAAAGAUUAGGCCUCAGUGUCUAGAGGUGAAAAGCAUAUUAGAAUUUUAAAAUUUUUACCAUGUGGUGCAGUAGUGAUUGGGAGUGCUUUGAGGCUAUGGUCCAAUGAAUAUAGCACCAACAAAGAGAAUUUAAUGAUCAUUUGUUGUGAUGUAAUACAAAUAGCUUCAGACAUGGAGUCAGAAGAAACUUAGUAAUGAGACUGUAUGACUUCAGGUAAAUUAUUUAAAUGAUCUGGAAAAUAUUUAAUUGUAAAAAAGGUAAGAGAUACUAUUACCAUGUCUCAUGGGGUUGUUGGGAGUGAUCAGAUGGGAUUGUGCAUAUAGAUGAGCCAGCUCAGCCUCUUUAUUUUACAGGUGAGGAAGUCAGACAGACCUUAAAUCAAGGCUUACUUCUGUUAACUCUUACAGUCUACAGUCUUGAACAAAUUGUUUAACCUGUCAGCUAUUGAAUGGAGAUAACAGUAUCCAACUCAUAGGACUGUUGAGGAAUUAAUGAGCUAACGUCUACAUAUGAAGUGCCUAGUUUGGCAAAUAGCAUGUACUUGAUACAUACUGCUCCCUAUCCUAAAGAAGUUUAAAAUAACUUCUAUAGAAUUAUACAUUUUACUUCUUCUGUAGCAGCACUAAGACUAGAAACUAAACCCUUAGGUUCAGUGUUCUUUUUACCACACUGUUCUGUUUUGUCAGUAAUGCUCAUUAAUUAAAUCUUCGAAUUUUUUCUAAACAGUUGUUGAUUUUAUAACUUUUCUGAGGUUAUUAUGUGACCUUUAGCAUGUAGAUAUAGAAAGUCAAUAUAAUAUUAUUUGUAGCUUUAUAUGCACACUGCCAGCUCUACUUAAAAUCUUAAUUAAAAUCUGAUCAUACUUAGAAAUCAGGCUUAUGUAACAUCCAACACAAAUCGAGUUUAUGUAAUAUCCA